AUGGCAGACGAGACAGGGCCCCGAGAUGUCCAAGCGGAUUCGUCUUUACCACCUUCAUCCCCUCUUCCCACCUCCUCGGACCCCACUCCUCCCCAACACGAACAACCUGGGCUGCGUUCGCCUUCCGAGGAUGACCCCUUUGGGUUUUUUGCCCUCGAGAAGAAACUUAAGCGCGAGCGCGAGCUAGCGCCACCCCGACCAGUGCUUCUCGCGCGUGACUCGUCCGUGCAAUCCAUACUAGCCACCACCGAGCACGAAGAUGGCCGACUGUCAUCUUCCGACGAGUCGAUGAGCGACGACGAACCCAUCGAUCCCCUCGUCACCCCCCACAAACCCCAUCGCAACCGCAAACGCAAGCCGCUCGCCUCGCCGUCGCUUUCGCGCUCUUCCUCGUUGUCGUCCCAUCCAUCCAUACCUUCUUCUCCGUCUCCCGUGAAGGUUUCCGCCGGUGGCCCAUCUCCUGCGCUCGUGUCGCCUUUCGUCUUCACUCGCGGUCGACCUAGCUUUCCGCAGGGGGCUACCUCGUCCGACGCGCCCCUAGCUACAACGGUCAAACGUCCCGCGCCAAAGCAAACUAGAAAGGGCAAGGAAAACCCUGAACCUUCGUUUCAUGACGCGAAGAGGGCGCCGAGCCGAGUGGAGGUCUUACUCCCGAGGCGUGCCAGUAGGCGUGCCAACGCGGCUGCGGAGAUAGCCCUGCCACCGACCGCAACGACCAAACCAAAGGUGAAGGGUAAAAUCAACAACACUGCUCCCGCGUCGAAGAAAGAAAAGGCCCCUGCGCGUCGGAAGGCGCCCGCGCGGGCCGCCAAGCGUCGCCGAGCUGACCCCGAUGAGCAAGUAGACGACGAGCAGCUUGGCGACGACGAGAAGGAGGGCAAUGGAGAUGACAUGUUCGACGAGGUGCCCGAGGGACGCACCACGCGAUCCAGAGCGAAAGUCAAGGCCGCCUCCGGAGCGCCUAAGCGUGCCCCCAAAUCUCGCGCGGCGCCCAAGCCGCCCAGUCGCGCGCGUCCGGCCCGCACGCUUCGUCCCCGAUCUGACGAAGGGCCAUCAUUUGUCCUCGACUCCGAUGUUCGAGAGGAGUUCGAGCAAGAGAAACAGAAACGGAUCACAUACUUCGAGAAACUGAAAAAUUACCAGCUCGAGACGGAGGCCGUUUACGUUGUAUGAUUGCAUGAUUGAAGGCUGAGUGCUACGAUGUAUCGAUAACUUCAGUGCGACGACGAUGCUGUGUCAUAUGCUCCCCUGUAUCAUCCGUUGGAAAUCGGCGCUCUUAUAUGCGCCCCCCAAUUCCUUUUGCUUUGUGCUUCUCGGCUUUUAAAGUACAUUAUAUAUUGAGAUACAUUCAUCUAUCUAUCUAACCGCGAUGGCCUAUUGCU